CUCUGCUGUUAAUGAGAUAAACGACUGUUGCGUCCUCAGCUAAUCCAAUUUGGAGACCUGCAAGGUCAUCAGUCAAAUCCACAUAAGAGCAGAGCGCUGCGGAGCGGAGGUGUCUACAGGUACACAAGCUGAAGUACUGGCUGCAGAGCAUUAAAUGGAUCCUUUGCUUUACAGCUUUGACAAAUGAUACCAUCAGCCCAUUGUGUCUACAGGAGAACGCACAAAGAUUACAGUCUCCAAUAAAAGCCUCACCUCUGCUGUUGAAUAUUUAUCCCAAACAAAGAGUCGCACCUUCAUGCUGAUAUUGCCUUAAAUACUCGGAAAAGUCUACCUGAUAAAUCAAGCGACAUCUACAAACACCGCAAAUGGAUUCCUUAAUGUCACUGGGCGCUCCCCUGAAGCAGUUCACCAGCUGCGUGUCAGGGAAAAGCACCACCAAGAGGGGCGCCGGGAGGAGCCAGUCUGUCCGCAGAAGCAGCUUCACCCGCAGGAGGAGCUUCAGCAGGAGGAGAAGCGUUCCCUGCAACAGCCAAAAAGUGCCAGACUCCUGGCUCAGAGCUUAUCAGGAUGAACUGAAGAGGGAAAGGAAACGUCAGCAAGCCAUGCUGGCCAAGAAGAACGCUGAAAGGACUGUCAGGAAAACUCACUUCAGGAGCCAUCACUGCCUCCCACGGCAGAGCAACGCUUCCAGGAGGAAACAGACCCCGGCCAAGGACGACUCCUUCUUUGGAGCCUUUCAGGGCCUCAGUCUGGAUGGAUUGAUGGGGGCUACUAAUGCAUCCCCUGCUGUGACGGCGCCUGGUGCAGGUGCAGGAGAUCAGUGCACAGUCAUGUGAGAUGGGACGCGUAAAGACGUUUCAAUUUUUUUCAAUGAGCCACAUGCUUUUGCAGAUUUUUCUGCAAAUGAGACUGGAUGGAGAAAAUGAGACUGACUCUCACCAUGUAACCCAAGAGGACGGGAAACAUAUUUAUAUUACUCUGUAUUUUCUGAAGUAUUCUUUUUCCUUUGGCAGACAAUGCUGCUUAUUUUGAUGUUUGUUUUACAAAUUAUACACUGUAGCCAUCGCUAUUGUUUCAUGGUGUUUGUUGAGCACAACUGCAAGGAAAAGUUUUAAAACUGAAUUAUUAAACUUUUAUUUUAUUUUCCCACUGUU